AGGACAAUUAAUAUUUAGAGAAUAAACUCUUAUAUAAACUUAAUAUUCCGUGUAAUUCUUUGUCCAAGCUAUAAUCCACGGCAUUCAAGAAUAAAAUACUCCCCGAAAUGAUUUUUUAAUUAAGUACCUAGGUACCAUAGAGCAAACACCAAGCCUCGUCAUGUCUGUUUUAACUGAGAAUGAGAUUCGCUCUCUUGCUCAUGAUGUCAAAUGCGGGAAGCCUGCGAUAGCUGAAGGAAGACACGCAGUACACACCAGCUUUCCUACUACAAGCAGUGGCAUAUACGCAAGUCUUUCUCAAAAGGCUCUCAAAAUUAAUGAGCCAAACUUCAUCACCGCCAGUAGCCACGAUUAUGAACCAUUCCUUGACUCCAAGAGGCAUUAUAGGAGUGAUGAUAGGCAGCCGACCCAACAGAGUACGGAUAUCAAGAUCAAAAGUAAUACAAUUGAUCUCAACGAGACCUACUUACAGCCUAAAUUGGGCGCCGCCAAAACCUUGGGAUGUGUUGAACCCGCUUCCAGAAAUCCUCUGGGUCUUGCAAAGUGUAUAAAUAGCUGUCAAUACCGCUGCGAAACAGAGCCAGACCCGAUUACCAGCAUUUUUGUGCAUGUUGAACAUGACUACAUAUACCGAUGGAGACCGGAGUCCACGAUCACAUUUAAUGUUAAUCGGAGUAGCUUUCCCAGCAACGGUGACGCAGAUCACGCUGUUAAGAGUCUCGAAAAGGCAGCUAGUGAGUGGAACAAAGGCAAGAUCGGUAUACAGUUCGAGAAAGUUGCAGACGAUAAACCAGCCGUAUUCCAACUUGUGUACUCGAGAAAAUACGAUCCUAGUCAGCUAGCGUAUUCUUUCCUCCCAGGCUAUCCUCCAGAAAAGCAGCGACUAUAUGUGUGUGCACCAUGUUUCAACAGAGAAGAACCACACCAUGAGUAUAUGGCCAACGUCUUCUGCCACGAACUCGGUCACAUCCUUGGUCUACGGCACGAGUUUGCAGACAUGAUCCGGAAUGAGCGGCGUUGGCCUUCACUGUUAGUUGGUAGACGUAAUAACUCGUCAGUUAUGAACUAUUUCGAACAUCCAAGCCUGCUAUGUAUUCAGGAGGAUGACUACAAGGGCGUGAAGCAACUCUACAACCCUCGAAACAGUAUGUUGUGCGGGUAUAUCAUCAUCGAUAAAGAUCCAAGAGAGUUCGAGCGUGUUUACUAGAUUUCUUUAAAUUCGGGGGAGAAGAUAUAUAGCUACGAUAAACUUACACUAAGGUCUUAUAACUAGCUUUAAACUUA